AUGACCUUGAGUAAUUGCGAAUCUUUGGAUAAUUUAUUCUACGAUCCUCCCGAAGAAGAGGAAAGUAAUAAGUUCAUCGAAGCAGUCAGAAUUCUGAUAAGUAGAAACGACAUAGUACAUCCUCUUGCAGCUGCAAGUGGAACGUGUUGUUUGAGAAAAGUCAAGUCAUUCAAUGCCAAGCAGUGGAAAAUAAACAAAAAACAAAAAUAUGUGUUGCCAGCAGUGAAGAAGAGAAAAAACUUCGAUUUUAAUGAACAAAGGAGCUUGAUCUUGAAUUUAAAUUUAUGGAAGUUCAUUAAAUUUAUUAAUUGUAACAGUAAAAAAACCUGCAAUAAAAACAAUACACAUGUGAAUAAGGUUGUAAAGAACGACAACGUUUCAUCGUUACUCGAACACAAGAAAAUGGACAACGAUCAAAGGUUGGAGAAUCUUUUCUGGAGAAGCUGGUUCAAGGCACAUAAAAGGAAAGAUAUAGUGGGCAGCCAACAAGCAAGGCAUAUCAAAUUCAAUGACAAUGUGGAACAAUGCGUUAUCACUGAUGAUCAUUUCAUACAAAGACUACCCCCAGCACGAUUGAAUCCGGUAGAUAAUCGACGCCCCUGCUUGCAGUCUGGACUCAAUUCCCAUACUGAUCACGCAGAAAGCAGACGAGUUUUUUAUGAUUAUAGCCGCGUCUACGUCGCCAAUGAUGCCAUUGCUAUUGCCGCCGCUGCCACCGCCGCUGCCACCGCCAUUAUCAGUAGUAACAACGGGGAUCAUCAGCAUAAACAUGAUGUUCGCGACGUUCCAAGAAAUAUCUUACCACCAGAAGGAGAACCAUAUUUGAGUAGUGUGCUUCGGGUCGACUCCGAGCUCAAGAUAUCGAACAUAAGCCAUCAUUCCCCCGCAAUCUCUCCAUCGACUUCUAGCCAUUCAACCUUUAUUUUUGAAUCGGAGACUGAUACAGACACUGACUCUGACAUUGAAAUUGACUCUGACAUAGACACUAGUACUACUGACGUACUGUUAUAA